AAUUAUAGAAAAAAAAUGUGUUUUAAAUUAAGAGUGAAUUCGAAGGCAUCUUAUUUACCUCGUCAAACUCGAGAUAAAUUUAAUAAUGCUGAUCCAGAUCAUGGCAGCUAUAAAUUAACAUUAACUUCAAAUGAGGACAGUAUUAUUAGCCAACAUUCAACAAUUACACCAAUAAAGCAUAUAUCGUAUCAAGAAGAAAUUUUACCACCAAAACCUAAAUGUAAUAAUAAUAAUUUACCCGAUGUUUUGCUAGUUGGUGUUAAACUUCAGCAAUCCUCACCUACAUCAAAUACACCAUCACCAAAAUAUGGUAUCAAUAACAACAAUAAUAUCGGUAAUUUGCCAAAUACUAAUAAUUCACCAACGACACCUACACCAACUACACCAAAUGGACAAACGGUACUCUAUCCACACGGAUAUCCAUGCAAUAUGAAAGUAAUUAUGUCACAAACAAAUUCACCUUCACAAAUUAAUCAUCAAUCUCAGCAACAACUACAGCGUUUAAAUAGAUCUCCAGCUACAACACCAAGCACUCCACCACCGCCAUAUUCUUCCAUGACAAGCCUCAAUCAGAGAUCAAAUCAAAAUAGUUGUUAUAAUAGUCCAACACAAUUAAAUGAUCAAUCAAGUCCCAAAUAUAUGUCACAAUCAACGAUCGACUUAAAAAGAACGCAAUUUCUUGAUUCUAAAGAAAGCGUUAAUAAGUUUAAUGAUGGAAUUUUAUCUCCAGCUCAAUCAGAAAAUAAUAUAUCACAUCAACUGGUUUCAACACCAACAAAUCUUAAUGAAUCCAGUCAAUUGAAUUCUUUUACGUCAAUUAAACAACGAGAUUUUCAACGUACCGAUAUUAUACGAAAAUUAAGUUUAGAAGAACAUCAUGAUCCUGGUGAAGGUAGAAUUGUAAGAGCUGAAUUAGUAAAUACAACUUUAUCAAUAUCACCGCCAAUAUCAAAGUCAGAAGAAAAAAUUUCAAUAAAACGAGAAUCACUACGUGAAAAUAUUGAAAAAAUAACUCAGUUACAAUCAAAAUUAAUGUCAGCUCAUACAAUGGAUAAUAUUUGUGGGGAUCGUAAAAUUUUAGGAUAUACAACUAAAAACUUAAAACUAGAAGCAACACAAAGUUCUCUUAAUCAAGAUAAUUCUAAAAUAUUAAAACAAAUAGAAUGUAAACAAUCGUGUUUGCCUGAAAGCCCCAUUAAAAUAACAAGUCCAGUUCAAUUUACAUGCUCCUCGCCUAAUAUCAGUAUGAAUAAAAAUCUUAAUACAUCUUCAGAUUGUAAACAAAAAGCUUUACCAAAAAUGGAAAAUUCUUCAACAGAAGUCUCAACAACAACAGAAAAUCAAUUAAUACAACGAACUGAAAUCAUAUUGAGAGUUAAUCCUCCUACAACUGAAACAGCUUCCCAAACAGAUGAAACACUACAAACUUCAUCUACAGAUAAUCAAUUGGCAUUAGGAAACGAAUCAAAUUCAAAUAAUUUUACAUAUCAAAAAUCAAUAGAUCGUAUAUCAACACCCAGCCCAACAUUAAUGCCUCGUCGAAAAUUAUCAGAAGAAAUUGAUUGUGAUAUACUAUCCCAAAAAUUGGCUAGUCUCUUGCCAUCAUCAGAGGAUAAAUUAAGUCAAAUAUUAACUCCAAGUACUUACAAAUCAACAGCAGACUAUGUAAUAAAUUUAUAUAAUCCAAAUGUUGCUCCUAGACCAGCUAAACGAGAUGCAGCAACAUCAACACCAAGUGAAAAAUUCUUUGAUAUUGAUAAAUUAGAUAAUAUAAAAGAUAAAUCAUUUUCAAUUGAUUGUAACGGUCAAGAUUACUCUAAAUUAAAUGGUACCGUUAACGGUGAAACAAGUUUAUGUGACUUAACGAAAAAGAAAGAGGAAUUAAUAAAUCGUUUAACGAAGAAAUUAGAUGUCCUUACUAAAGAGCAAUAUUCCAUUAAGGAGGAAACUCAAAGUAAUGAUCAAUUGGGUAGCAAUAUAGCAACAAAGAUUGCCGAUAAAGUUCGACCAAUUGAUGUAACCAAAUUCAAAGCAUAUAUUGAUGAUGUCGGUCAUAUCACAAUGUUAUUAUUAUCACUAUCAGGACGAUUAGCCAAAAUUGAGAACACAUUGCAUGGCAUUAAUGAGAAUUCAACAGAAAAGAAAACUCUUGAGUCAAAACGUGAUCGCUUAACAGAACAACUUGAAGAAGCCAAAAAACUAAAAGAAGAUAUCGAUCGACGAGGUUCAAUUGUUUAUAAAAUAAUCGAAAGAAAUUUAACAAAUGAUGAUUGUGCCGAUUAUGAAUAUUUUAUUAAUAUGAAAGCUAAAUUAAUAAUCGAUUUAAGAGAAAUCGAUGAUAAAAUGAAAUUAGGUGAAGAACAAUUGAAGGCAUUAAAAGAAACUUUACAAAUUCAAAGUGAAUGCUGAAACUAGUUAUAUAAUUCUUUUUUUUUUUUUUUAAAAAAACACUUAUAAUAAAUUAUAAUAAGAAUCUUUUAUUGCAAAAAAAAAAAUUAUGAAAUUCUUUUAGAAUCGAGAUUAUUUUAAAUAAAAUUUAAAAAGAAACAAAAAAAAAAAAGAUUUUAGAAGUUUUGAACUUUUUACUUUAAAAACCUUAUUACUUUAUAUGUAUAUCGAAAAUAAAAAGAUAAAAAAAAAAUUAAUUUAUAGAUUUUUCUAAUUUUUUUUUUAAUUUUAAUUUUUUAAGUUUAUUUCGAAAUAAGCUGUGUGUAUUCGAUUUUUUUUUAAAUAAGUUACGUAAAAAAAAAUUAAAAUUAAAUAUUGCCUGUGAAAUUAUAAUAAUAAUUUUUUUUAAAUAUGCUAUAUAAAAUACAUUUAUAAUAUAAUAUAUAUAUAUAUACAUACAUUUAAUUUUUUCAAUUAUUUAAAUUAAAAGAAAAAAUUACAUUAUAAAAAAUAAAAUAGUUUUCUGCUAUAAAACUCUUA